AUGACGAGUGAGACCAUUCAGUCAUCAGAGUGUAUGAGCGAAGAGGUUGUUGGGGAUGUCAUGAAUCCGAUCGCGUUUUGCGUUGAAGGAACUAAUCUGAAAGGGGGCUUGGAAAAUCUCAAUACUGUUAUCUUAUUCAUUCGAUACACAGUGGGUAAUACCCAUAUUAAGAUGAGACUCACGAAAGGAUCUCCUGUUGUUUUAAAUGAUAUAACGAAAAGGAAGAUCACGUUGUAUAUGACAACUAAAACACAAAAAAUCGGAGAGGUAAUCUUGACUGACGAACUCGUGGGGUUUGUGUCAAGGAAGAAUUAUUUAAUUACGUUUGACGAACGAUUUUUAUAUACCAAUCCCCAGGCUUUACAGUCCACUGUCAGUAUCUCAUUCAGUUGUUUCACACUACUUCAAAUACAGGACAUUCCUGGUAUCGACUUUAUGCUAACGAAGUGCUUGGACUUCUGUGCUCGACCAGAUGUAUUUUUGAGCUUUAAAUACCAAUCACCUUCUCAAAAUCUCGAGAUUGAGAUCCAAUCAAAACUUCUGUUGAAACCACGUCCCAUCUUUUGCCCCUUUUUCCAAACACAUCCAGUGACAAUAAAAAUCACGCAAAACGCAACAUCUCUCACAUCGAGAUUGUACUCUUCCGUAAUGACAUGUCAUUUAAGCGACUAUCUUCGAUUCCAGUUGGUCACCAUCCCACCCACCCCCGUCAAAACAGUCGUCCUCGACCAGUUCUUGACGUCGAUAAACUGGAGGAAUUCAGUGCUCACAAAAAGAAAGACAUCGUUUCAUAUACUUGACUUCGACGAAGAAGGAAGGGUGGUUAUCAAAGAAGAGACUACUUUUCCUGGUUACUUUGUGAGGAUAGACUCAAAGCUUAGACUAUUAGAAAUAUGGGCUACAAGCGACCUGAUGGGCAAUUGGAUAUCAGUGGAAGAAGAGAAUAAGGAGAGGAUAUACGAAACAACCAUUUAUGAAAAGAGCAAACAACAGAAAAUUGUGACACAGUUCACACAAUACCAAUUCGAAGCAACUUCAGUGACAAAGGUUUGUUUUGGAAAUGAAGAAAUGAAAUCGUUUUCGUUUCAGAUAUACGAGUUGGAGCAAUUUUCAGAAUCUAUUGUCACCCCAAAACAAAUGUUCACAGUUUAUUAA